CGCCCCGCGGCCCCGGCGUGCGCCGAGAGCAGGCGGCGGCCGCAGGAGCGCGGCAACAUGGCGGCGUCUGGCAGCGGCGGCGGCAGCCGCGCGGAUAACGGCUACGGGAGCCAGCAGCCGCGGCGGAGGAAGGGCCAGGGCGCGCUGGCUACGGCCUAUCUCGUUAUUUACAACGUGGUGAUGACGGCGGGAUGGCUUGUAAUUGCAGUUGGUCUAGUUCGAGCAUACCUGGCUAAAGGUAGCUACCAUAGUCUUUACUAUUCAAUAGAAAAGCCCCUGAAAUUCUUCCAAACUGGAGCUUUGCUUGAGAUUCUGCACUGUGCAUUUGGCAUUGUUCCAUCUUCUGUUGUCUUGACUGCUUUCCAAGUGAUGUCAAGGGUUUUCCUGACCUGGGCAAUAACACACAGUGUAAAAGAGGUACAAACUGAAGAUAGCGUCUUGUUGUUUGUUGUGGCCUGGACAAUCACUGAGAUCAUCCGUUAUUCUUUCUAUACAUUUAGCUUACUAAACCAUCUCCCUUAUCUCAUCAAGUGGGCCAGGUACACUUUGUUUAUAGUAUUGUAUCCAAUGGGAAUCUCAGGCGAAUUACUCACAAUAUAUGCUGCAUUACCCUUCGUCAGACAGUCUGGCUUGUAUUCCAUUAGUUUACCUAACAAAUACAAUUUUUCUUUUGACUACUAUACGUUCCUGAUCCUGAUUAUGAUCGCUUACAUUCCAAUCUUUCCUCAGCUGUAUUUUCACAUGCUACAUCAGAGGAGAAAGGUACUUUCCCACACUGAAGAACACAAGAAGUCGGAAUAAUUCCAACUCUCUUUCAGAACUUUUCAAACAUCAAAAUGCUGCAGACUUUCAACACUCGGCACGUUUAUAGAGAAUAUACCAAGAUAAACUAAGUCAGAGGUAAAAGACCAAUAAUUUAGCAAGAAUAACCAAUAAACCUGAUUUCACCAAAAUUCCAUGGAGUAAAACAUUGAAAUAAUUUUCAGCUUGCAGUGCUUCAGAAAACUUCUAAACUUUAAAUGGCUUUGGCAGUUAGCCUUUUACUUUUCCUUAAAUAAUAUGCUGAAUGGUUUUCAGUUAUUACUGAAUGCCUGAGGGUUACAGUAUGAGUGAUAAAGUUGUACCCAUUAAAUGUUUGAAUUGGGAUUGUAUUACUGGUAUCUUUAUUAUUUUCUUUUUAAGUGCUUGAAUGCAUGCCAGAAACUGUAUGUAUUGCUGUGGAAGCAAACAAUAUGCUCUGGAAUGCUUUAGGAUUUUUGUCAGAGACUCCAGUGGAGAAUGUGACCCAGGCAGACUGUUUGAAUUUAGAAAGGUAGGUUGUGAAUUUAAAAGGCAAUGGGAACAGGAAGGCAAUUAUGGAAAAUAAGGGGUUCUUCAGGAAUUUAAAUACUAGGGUGUCGGACCAGAGUAUGGUUUCUGAAGAUCUUGUUUAAGCUGAUUACUCAAAUGCUAACGUUCAUCCAGAGGCUGUAAUGCUGAUCUGAAACACUAAAACUCCUCUUAAGUACUGCAGCCUUGGAUAUUUUUUAAACAUAAAAGAAUACUUAUCAUAGUAUUUCUCGUGACAUCAGUGAUGAAUAUGAACAAUAUAAGGAGGCAAGUCAGUCAGAAACAGGUAUAGUUCUCCACUUUUGACUUUAUAUUAUCAUCUCUAAUAAUUAUCGACUAGCUCAGUGGUACUCAUCUUUCUAUGUUGAGGACUAUGUCAUCUACUGUAGAAUCAUUUGCAGGCUUUGUGCUUCAACUUGUCUCUUCUCAAGUGACUAGUAUGUAUCAUUCUGACACAUCCAAACAGGCAGUUCCAGACACUCUGCUUCUGAAACGUUGCAAAAAACCAAAGUCAUAAGUUCCUUCUUUGAAAGCAGGUAUCUCAUGUGCUACAUGCUGCUUUUGCAGGUUGGACAAGCCUUCCCUUAUCUGCUCUAUUGAAAGAGCAGAAGAGCACAGAAAGGCAAACUUAUAUAGGUGCUUGCUCUGGGUUCCUGGGCCAAAUCUUCCCGAGGGAAGGUAACGCAGAAGAUGAAAGGACUGAGAAAACCACGUGGCAGGCCAGAAUGUCCUAAUGCUGUGUGAGCAGUGGCCCAAGUUACGAACAAACUGUGUGCUGAGGGAGAAUGGGAGCAACAAAGGGAGCAGGGAAAUGAGCAGACAUCCAAGCAAAGGCAAAAGAAAAUAUAGAGUAUGGUCUUUGCUCUGUCAGGUACUGAUAGUCAAAGUCCUAUAUUUACCCCAUCAGUUGACACCAAGACUAGGGAUUCUCUGGCUCCCCUCUUGUAACACCAUGAUUCAGCAUGCAAAUGAGGUGUGGCUACUACCAUGGCAUCUGUGAUACUAGUCCUGUGCUGUGCUUUUCAGCACCUCCCCUGGCUUUGGCCCACAUCUAUGUCCCAGCACGCUGACGCGUUGCAGCUCUCUCCCUGUAGGGCAGUACGUACUAAGUGCAUGGCGUCUCUGUUCCAGCAGUUAGGGAGAACUGGAUUUACAAUUACUUUUGUUUUAUAUUUGUCAGAGCUCUAUUUAAAAGCUUUGCAUUUUUGUGUAAUUUCUUUUGUUGGCUCCAUCAAAAAGUUUGACUGAAUUUUCCUAGCACUCAGUAGUGUGCUGAAUACCUUUCCUGCUCAACACAAAUGGGACUAUUGUAAGUAGGGAGGGAAUAAGAGGCAAUAAUGAUCUUUGCGUCUGUUUUAAGCAGCCUUCUGUAGACAGUUGUUGGCUGUAAUAAGAAAUGCUAUAGCGACGUGCAGCCUAAAAGUGGUUUUGCAUCGAGACACAACAAUUCAUUUCUCUAUUAGGCUGUGUAUUGCUGUGUUCUGGUGAUCUGAGAAAUCUUGCAUUAUACAAAAUUCACUGUUCAAAGAUGUGCAUGUCACCUUUAAACAACACAUCUCCUUUUGCUUGUACUUGAUCUCAGUUAUUAGUGUCAGUGUUUCUGAUUUAAAAGAUCUGAUUUCUUGAUGUGUUUAGGUUACUGGAUGUUGUGGGUACUCUGCUCCCAAAAUUUUUCUUGAUUUGAUUUCUGUGCCUGAAUAUAAGAUUUGGACUCAAGUUUGUAAUUGCAGGUUGGAGGGGAAAAAAAAUGGCUGUAUAGUAUUCCUAUAUAAAACAAACUUGUAGAUACCAUGAUGGGAAAGAUGUAAUACAAAUCUGUAGCAUUGGGCCUAAGAAGCAGAGAGCCACCAAUAGGGAGAAGGCUUGUACAGCCAACCUCUUUACUGAGAAAGCUUUAUUUUGGAAUAUUUACUUCAACUGAACUGCACAAAUGCAAAUAAACCACAGCCUUUUUAAAGACUGUGGCAUUUAUUUUCCUUCUAAAAGAAAGAGGAAAAGAAAUUGUUUUGAUAGUAAGAAAUCUCAAACAAUUUUUUUAAAAAAAUCUAUGAUCUGAAAUAUGAAACACGCAAUUAAUAGAUAAAAGAAUUCUAGCAUUUAUGAUUGCAGUGCUUUUUAAAAUUAAGCUUCCAUACAAAUCAUUGGAAGGUGAUCUUGAAUAAGAACUGUGGUAUGAUGCCCUAAUAUUGACUUGGGUCACAUGUGUGUGUUGGUUUUUUUUUUUUUUUUUUUUUCCUUCUUCAUAAAAUGAUAACAAAUGUCCCCUCAUCUAUCAAUGAAAUUACAAUGUGGUGUAUGUGAACUUUAUAAUGGAAGCUUUGAUCAGUACUCUUUUUCACAAAUCUAGGUUGUUCCCCCCCCACCCCCACAAGCUAUUUAUUUGGCUUGCAUAUUUUCUCUCUAUCAGCAUCACUAAACUGCUGCCACAGACAUCUUUUCUCCUUUGGUCGUCUUUGUGUUGUGUGCUCUAGUUCAGUCGACAAUACUACCGUGUUCUACCAUGCCAGCUUUGUCCGAGUUAGUCAUUACCCUCAAAAAGACCAUGGUUCUUCCCAGUGUAUAGUUUACAACUGGAGUUGUAGAAAUGUUCAUAUUGUAAAUUACAGUAAGAUGCAGACUACAGUGCAGGUAAAUUGUAAUUUUUCACAAUGUGAUGUUUCUAUCAAAGUUUUCUUACUUAUCAGUAGAAAGGUUGGCAUUUGUGUGGACCAAUCUGCAGUGUCAUUUUAAAACCUUUCAGAUGCAAAUUUUCAUGAAUAUACAUCAAAUCGUAUGUUUUGAUGUAUAUUUGUCAGUGAAAUUUGGUUGAAAACUAUAUACGGUCAUUUUUGUAUUUUUUUCUAUGUUGUGAAGAAUACAAUUGUAAUUUUAUAAGUCUGAUUCACUAAGAUUAUUAUAAGUUAAAUGUAUUUUUUGUAUAUUUAGGAAUCUGGUAUUACCUGGAGCUCUGAAAGAUUAAGCAUAGACUUUUUAUGCAUGUUUGGAAGACAUUUCUACUUGACAAUGCUGUGAAAUGGUUUGUAUGCUAAAAUACUAGUCUGUGUUGUUGCCUUGUGAAAUGAUUCUGUGCUCUCUGCCUGGAUUUGGACUACUGACCAGUGAUACUAAUUGCUGUAAUCCAAAUAAAAUAAUUCUGAAUGAAA